AUGACUUUCAUAGCCAAGACGUUUUAUGACCUGCGUGCUACAACGCUGGAAGGGCAAUCUAUUGACUUUAAUGUCUACCGAGGCCGAGUGGUACUUAUCGAGAAUGUGGCAUCACUAUGAGGCACCACCACCCGGGACUACAGCCAGCUCAACCAGCUUCAGAGCAGGUACCCGCACCGGCUGGUGGUCCUGGCCUUCCCCUGUAAUCAGUUUGGCUACCAGGAAAACUGCCAAAAUGGAGAGAUCCUGAACUGUUUGAAGCACGUACGGCCAGGCGGAGGGUUUGAGCCUUUGUUCACUGUAUUUGAGAAGUGCGAUGUAAACGGGGCUAACGUGCAUCCUGUCUUCGCAUACCUGAAAGACAAACUUCCGUACCCUGAUGAUGACCCGGUCUCUCUUAUGCAGGAACCCAAGUUCUUAGUGUGGAGUCCUAUCAACAGGACUGAUAUCUCAUGGAAUUUUGAGAAGUUUCUGAUUGGCCCAGAGGGCGAGCCUUUCAAGAGAUACAGCAAAAACUUUGAGACCAUUAACAUAGAACCCGACAUUCAAAGGCUACUGAGGCUGACCAAAAACUAAUCAAAACAGGUGCCUCAGAAUGUAGCUUGUUUCAUUGUAAGUACCACUGUGUGCUCCUCUACCUUUUCUUAUUUUACUUAAUGAAGUUGAUGCUCUAAAUGUAUGGAGUAUUAACUGAGGUGGUGUAAAUAUAAAAAAAGACAUGUAGAGGAUGCUAACAGAGAUGUACUGAAAAGAAUGAUUUAAUAAAAAAUAAAGUCU